AUGGCCCUGGGUCUCCUGUGGUUGGGCCUCCUGUUGGGGGACCUGAGUGUCCAGGCUCUGGACUCUAUUCCAGGCAUGACUGAAAUCCCACCUCUGGACAAGUUCCCACUGCAACCAGACUUCCAGGAACACCAGUUCCAGGGGAGGUGGUACGCCAUCGGCUUGGCACAGCACACAUUUAAGAACAAAUGUCUACGCCAACCAGCCAUGUACAUGAUCACCUAUGAGCUGAAAGAUGACAGCAGCUACAAUGCCACCUACACCUGGGUCAGUGACCAGGGAUGUGAUCACAAAAGUGACCCUAUGGUCCCAAGUGACCAGCCUGGCCAGUUCAUCCUGGACAAUAUCACACGAUCAGAGAAAUACACCAUGAGAGUGCUGGCCACGGACUACAAUCAGACUGCCAUUGUGUUGCGCGUAUCCAUUCUCAAAAACAGGGUGUACUUCGAGAAUAUUCUCUAUGGGAGGACCAUGGAACUGAGCCCUGAAAUGGAAAUGCAAUACAUUGAAGUUUCCAAGUCUCUGGGCUUCUCUGAUGACCACAUCACCAUCACUGCCCCCAUGGCUGAUGGCCACCUGGCAGAAAGGCACAAGGUGCCAUCUUACUGCAUCAAAAGCUACCAUGCACGUGAACAAUCUAGAAUAUCCUUGUUACAGUGCAAUGAUCCCAAGCCAUCACCUCCAAAGCCACGCCGCCGCCGAUGA